AUUGGUAGUUUUUUGUGGAAAUAUCAUCGUGGAAUGCUUCGAUUUGAGGAUAAUCUGUUCGAGUGGCAUUUCACGGUGCGUGGACCGGCAGACACGGACUUCGAUGGAGGCAUAUAUCACGGACGUAUUCUCUUACCCGUGGACUACCCGAUGAAACCACCGAGUGUCAUCUUGUUAACGCCGAAUGGACGCUUCCAGUUGAAUCAGAAGAUUUGUCUGAGCAUAUCGGGACAUCAUCCGGAGUCGUGGCAACCGUCGUGGUCGAUUCGUACCGCCCUGUUGGCUCUGAUUGGUUUCAUGCCGACGCAUUCGGCCGGUGCGCUCGGCUCGUUGGAGUAUCCACCGUCGGAACGAAAGAAACUGGCGAUUGCAAGUCGUGAUUGGAUGUGUGCAGAGUGUGGUCUGCGUAUGUGCGAUGCCCUGUUGGACAGGAACUCGCAGAAUUCAUCGAGCGCGAACGGUGACAACACUUCAGCGAGCAGCAAUAACGGUGGUGCUGCGAUCAGCAUGGCGGAAGAAGCACGGAGCCUGGCCAAGCAGAUAUCGUUUAAGGUUUUGAGUUGA